UUUUCGAUAUGUCAAAUGUGUUUUCUUUUUCUCCACUCUCGUUCUGACUUUUUAACAAACAAAAAUCUUACUAAUUCGCUUUAUUCUCACACAUGAAAACUAUAUUGUGUGAUACAAAAGCAACAUUGUGAUGAGUAGUCGUGAUUACUAUAAGUCCAUGUCCCGCAGUUCCAGCGAAGGAAGAAAAUACAACUCAACUCGACGGGAAAAUGACGGUUACAGAAGGUCUCAGAGAUCCAGAAGUCGACAUCGUUCAAGAUCGCGCUCAGAGAGGCGUUACAGGAGCAGAUACUCAAGGUCACCAUCUCGUCAUGAUCGUAGGCGCUCCCAUUCCAAGAGUCCUUAUUCAUCUCGCAAGCGACAUAUUGGAAAUCGAGAUCAUCCACAGCAGUCACGAUGCCUGGGGGUUUUUGGGCUAAAUCUCAUAACCACUGAAAGUCAAAUCAACCAGAUCUUUUCCAAAUUUGGUGAGAUUAAACGCAUUCAGAUGGUUACUGAUGUUAAGACUGGCCGAUCCCGUGGCUUCUGUUUCGUGUACUUCAACCGCUCGGAAGAUGCAAAAGUGGCGAAAGAGAAUUGCUCAGGACUGGAGGUGGAUGGGAGGAGAAUGCGUGUCGAUUAUUCUAUCACUCAGAGAGCUCACACGCCGACGCCUGGAGUGUAUAUGGGACAACCCACUGGCAGAUUCCGCGAACAGAGUCGCAGUCACAGAGAUGAUGACGAUAAGGAGAGCAGAUCUCGAUACCUGAACAAACGAUCAGCGUCACCGUAUCGUCGUAGAAGAUACAGAAGCCGAUCUCGUUCAUAUUCACCAAGAAUUCGUCGAUACCGCUAACGAGUGUUUUCCGCAUCUUUAGAUUGUAAAUUUUUCACCUGGACAGAAGACAGAAUUUUUUCUUUCAAUAGUUUGUACAUCUCUGAAGAAUUAUUACAAACUAGUGUUAAGUGUCUUAACCGUAAUAUUCCCACACAUUUUCUUGAAAUAUGGGAGUUUCCUUAAUUUAUCGAAUUAUCCCUUUUUGUCAUAUAUAAAUUACACACGUAGAAAUUUCAGAAAAAUAUGAA